AUGGCAUCCGGGUUUCUUUUCCUCUCUUCUUUUUGUUCGUUCCAUUUCAUCGCUUCUCUAUUUCUAUCCUCUUCAUUUUCCCCCUCUUUCUUCUCAUCCCUUCGUCUCUUCUCUUUCUCUCUCCUCUACCUCCUUCUUCUUUCCUUUGUUUUUCCCUCUUUUUCUUUCUUCUUUCCUCUUCGCUUUUUCUCUUUUUCUCUCCUCCACUUCCUCCUUCUUUCCUUUGCUUUUCCCUCUUCCUCUUUCUUCUUUCCCAUUCGCCUCUUUUUCUCUCCUCUACCUCCUUCUUCUUAUCUUUUCUUUUCCAUCUUCCUCUUUCUUCUUUCCCCUUCGCUACUUCACUUUUUCUCUCCUCUACCUCCUUCGUCUUUCCUUUACUUUCCCCUCUUCCUUUUUUCUUUUCGCCACUUAUCUUUUUCUCUCCUCUACCUUCUCCUUCUUUCCUUUGCUUUUCUCUCUUUCUUUUUUCCCCUCAUCCCGUCACCACUUCUCUUUUUCUCUCCUCUACCUCCACCUUCUUUCCUUUGCUUUUCCCUCUUUCUUCUUAUCUCUUCUCUUUUCUCUCCUACCUCCUCCUUCUUUCCUUUGCUUUUCCCUCUUACUCUUUCUUCUUUCCCAUUCGCUACUUCACUUUUUCUCUCCUCUACCUCCUUCUUUAUUUACUUUCCCUCUUCCUCUUUCCCCUUCGCUACUUCUCUUUUCUCUCCUCUACCUUCUCCUUCUUUCCUUUACUUUCCCCUCUUUCUCUUUCUUCUUUCCCCUCCGCUUCUUCUCUUUUUCUCUCCUUCUUUCCUUUGCCUUUCUCCUCAUCCCUUCGCCUCUUCUCUUUUUCUCUCCUACCUCCCCCUUCUUUCCUUUGCUUUUCCCUCUUUCUCUUUCUUCUUAUCUCUUCUCCUCUUCUCUUUUUCUCUCCUACCUCCCCCUUCUUUCCUUUGCUUUUCCCUCUUUCUCUUUCUUCUUAUCUCUUCUCCUCUUCUCUUUUUCUCUCCUACCUCCCCCUUCUUUCCUUUGCUUUUCCCUCUUUCUCUUUCUUCUUAUCUCUUCUCCUCUUCUCUUUUUCUCUCCUACCUCCUCCUUCUUUCCUUUGCUUUUCCCUCUUCCUCUUUCUUCUUUCCCAUUCGCUAUUUCACUUUUUCUCUCCUCUACCUCCUUCUUUAUUUACUUUCCCUCUUCCUCUUUCCCCUUCGCUACUUCUCUUUUCUCUCCUCUACCCGCUCCUUCUUUCCUUUACUUUCCCCUCUUGCUCUUUCUUCUUUCCCCUACGCCUCUUAUCUUUUUCUCCCCAGUACCUCCUCCUUUCCUUUGAUUUUCCCUCUUUCUCUUUCUUCUUUCUCCUUCGCUUCUUCUCUUUUUCUCCCCUCUAACUCCUUCUUCUUUCCUUUGCUUUUCCCUCUUCCUCUUUCUUCUUUCUCCUUCGCUUCUUCUCUUUUUCUCUCCUCUACCUCCUUCUUCUUUACUUUGCUUUUCCCUCUUCCACUUUCCUUUUCGCCUCUUCCCUUUUUCUCUCCUCUACCUCCUUCGUCUUUCCUUUACUUUCCCCUCUUCCUCUUUCCUUUUCGCCAAUUCUCUUUUUCUCUCCUCUACGUCCUUCUUUCCUUUGCUUUUCCCUCUUCCUCUUUCUUCUUUCCCCUUCUCCUCUUCUUUUUUUCUCCCCAGUACCUCCUUCUUUCCUUUGAUUUUCCCUCUUUCUCUUUCUUUUUAUCCCUUCGCCUCUUCUCUUUUUCCCUCCUGCCUCCGCCUUCGUUCCUUUGCUUUUCCCUCUUCCUCUUUCUUCUUUCCCAUUCGCUUCUUCUCUUUUUCUCUCCUCUACCUCUUUCUUUCCUUUGCUUUUCCCAACUUUCUUUUUUCUCCUCAUCUCUUCGCCUCUUCUCUUUUUCUCUCCUCUACACCCUCCUUCUUUCCUUUGUUUUUCCCUCUUUCUCUUUCUUAUUUUUUCUUCGCUUCUUCUCUUUUUCUCUCCUCUACCUCCUCCUUCUUUCCUUUACUUUCCCCUCUUCCUCUUUCCCCUUCGCUACUUCUCUUUUUCCCUCCUCUACCUCCUUCUUCUUUCCUUUGCUUUUCCCUCUUUCUUUUUUCUCCUCAUCCCUUCGCCUCUUGUCUUUUUCUAUCCUCUACCUCCUCCUUCUUUCCUUUGUUUUCCCCUCUUUGUCUUUCUUUUUCCUAUUCGCUUCUUCUCUUUUUCUCUCUUCUACAUCCUCCUUCUUUAUUUACUUUUCCCUCUUCCUCUUUCUUCUUUCUCCUUCGCUUCUUUUUCUCUCCUCUAUCUCCUUCUUUUUUUCUUUUGCUUUUCCCUCUUUCUCUUCUUCCCCCCUCUUUCUUAUUUCAUCUUCUUUUCCCAAUCUUCCUCUUUCUUCUUGA